UUCCCCCAAAUCUCCCUCUUUCUCUCCUUCUUCUUUUUCAAAAUUGGGGGAACAAAACGUUUCUUCAUCUUUCUCACACCCACUUGCCACAAACCCAACAAGUUACAGACUUCGAUUUCAUCGUCUUUUUCUGUAUAUAUUUAUAUAUAUUUGUUUGAAUAAUGUCGGAGGAUGAUAAGUUGUUGAAGGAGGCCAAGAAGUUGCCAUGGGAGGAUCGCUUGUUACAUAAGAACUGGAAGGUUCGUAACGAUGCCAACAUUGACCUUGCCGCCCUCUGCGACUCUAUUACCGAUCCUAAAGAUCCUCGCAUCCGUGAAUUCGGACAUUUUUUCAAGAAGACGGUUUCUGAUUCGAAUGCGCCUGUUCAAGAUAAGGCUCUCGAUGCUCUAAUUGCCUACUUAAAAGCUGCAGAUGCUGAUGCUGGAAGGUUUGCCAAGGAAAUUUGCGAUGCAAUCGUGGCAAAAUGCCUUACAGGGCGGCCGAAGACGGUGGAGAAGGCACAAAUGGUGUUUAUGCUUUGGGUGGAGUUGGAGGCUGUGGAUGUAUUCCUGGAUGCUAUGGAGAAAGCAAUAAAAAACAAAGUUGCUAAAGCUGUUGUUCCUGCCAUUGAUGUCAUGUUUCAAGCCUUAAGUGAAUUUGGUUCAAAGAUUGUGCCACCAAAGAGAAUAUUAAAGAUGCUUCCGGAACUCUUCGAUCAUCAAGAUCAGAAUGUUCGUGCUUCAUCUAAAGGCCUAACACUUGAGCUCUGUCGUUGGAUUGGGAGAGAACCCGUUAAAUCGAUACUAUUUGAGAAAAUGCGGGAUACAAUGAAAAAAGAGCUGGAGGCUGAGCUCGCGAAUGUCACUGGGACUGCUAAGCCUACUCGGAAAAUAAGAUCCGAGCAAGAUAAGGAACCAGAACAGGAAGUUGCAGCUGAGGCUGUGGGCUCUGGCCCUUCUGAAGAAUCUGCUGCCGAUGUUCCACAGGAAAUAGAUGAAUAUGAACUCGUUGACCCUGUUGAUAUCUUAACACCGUUGGAGAAGUCAGGGUUUUGGAACGGAGUGAAAGCUACUAAGUGGUCUGAGCGGAAAGAUGCUGUUGCAGAAUUGACUAAGCUUGCUUCAACAAAGAGGAUUGCUCCUGGAGAUUUUACAGAAAUAUGCCGUACACUAAAGAAGCUUAUUACGGACGUAAAUAUUGCUGUUGCAGUAGAAGCAGUUCAAGCCAUUGGGAAUCUUGCACGGGGCUUAAGAACUCAUUUCUCUGCAAGUUCACGCUUCUUGCUUCCCGUUUUAAUUGAAAAACUAAAAGAGAAAAAGCCUACUAUGACGGAAGCGCUUAGUCAGACUCUCCAAGCAAUUCACAAGGCUGGAUGCGUGACUCUUGCUGAUAUUGUUGAAGAUGUUAAAGCAGCCGUGAAAAAUAAAGUUCCACUUGUGCGUUCAUUGACAUUGAAUUGGGUAACAUAUUGCAUUGAAUCGAGCAACAAGGCCAUCCUUCUUAAAGUGCACAAGGACUACGUUCCAAUUUGCAUGGAGUGUCUGAAUGAUGGGACACCUGAAGUGAGGGAUGCUGCAUUUUCAGUCUUGGCAGCAAUUGCGAAGUCGGUUGGCAUGAGGCCUUUGGAGAAGUCAUUGGAGAAACUUGAUGAUGUCAGGCGAAAGAAGCUCUCAGAAAUGAUUGGUGUUUCUGGAGGUGGUGCUUCAACUGUAGCAGGCUCAGUUGUCCCAUCAUCAGGUGGAACGGGAUCUUUUGUUGAGGCUUCUGAUGGAGCCUCUGUUAGAAGGUCAGCAGCAAGCAUGCUUAGUGGGAAGAAACCCGUUCCAGCUGCUGCUGCUUCAAAGAAGGUGGUUUCUGCUAAGACAGGUGCUGGCAAGAAAGUAGAUGGACCGGGUCAAACCAAAAAACCUGUUGAAGUUGAAGAUGUUGAGCCAACUGAGAUGACCCUUGAAGAGAUUGAAAGCAGAUUAGGAUCUCUCAUUCAAGAAGAUACUAUUUCUCAGUUGAAGAGUGCCGUAUGGAAAGAGCGACUUGAAGCAAUUACCUCAUUAAAAGAACAAGUUGAAGCACUCCAAGAACUUAACCCAUCAGUUGAGAUUUUAAUCCGUCUACUCUGUGCUGUUCCUGGUUGGAGUGAGAAAAACGUUCAGGUCCAGCAACAGGUCAUCGAAGUUGUCAGUAAUAUAGCUUCUACUGCAUCAAAGUUCCCUAAAAAAUGUGUUGUACUUUGCAUAGGAGGUAUUUGUGAAAGGGUGGCUGAUAUCAAGACCCGAGCUCAAGCAAUGAAAUGUCUAACCACUUUCUCUGAGGCGGUGGGCCCAGGUUUUGUUUUUGAAAGAAUGUUCAAGAUCAUGAAAGAGCACAAGAAUCCUAAGGUUCUUAGUGAGGGCCUAUUGUGGAUGGUCUCUGCAGUUGAAGACUUUGGUGUCACACACCUGAAAUUGAAGGAUGUAAUUGAUUUCUGCAAAGAUACUGGUUUACAAUCAAGUGCAGCUGCUACUAGAAAUGCGACCAUUAAACUUAUUGGUGCAUUACACAAAUAUGUUGGUCCUGACAUCAAAGCAUUCCUGUCGGAUGUCAAGCCUGCCCUUCUUAGUGCAGUAGAGGCAGAAUGCGAAAAAAAUCCUUUCGAGGGUGCAGCUGCUGUGCCAAAGAAGACCGUCAAGGCAUUAGAUUCUUUAUCAUCUGCUUCUGGUGGUGGGUUGGAUAGCUUGCCACGUGAGGAUAUUAGUGGAAAGAUAACACCAACCCUUCUGAAAGGAUUGGAGAGUUCUGAUUGGAAGAUUCGUUUGGAAUCUAUUGAAGCAGUAAAUAAAAUCGUGGAAGAAGCUAACAAACGUAUCCAGCCUACUGGAACUGUGGAAUUGUUUGGGGCUCUUAGAGGUCGGUUGUAUGACAGCAACAAAAAUUUAAUCAUGGCAACUUUGUCCUCUAUAAGUGGUCUUGCAUCUGCUAUGGGAGCUGCAGUUGAGAAGUCAAGCAAGGGAAUCUUAUCUGAUGUUAUUAAAUGCCUUGGUGACAAUAAAAAGCACAUGAGAGAAUGCACAUUGGCAACUUUGGAUUCAUGGGUUGCUGCUACUCACCUUGAUAAGAUGGUACCAUAUAUUACUGCUUCAUUGACUGAUGCUAAACUUGGUGCGGAAGGACGCAAGGACCUUUUUGAUUGGUUGUCCAGACAACUUACAGGAUUAACAGAGUUCCCUGAUGCGAUUCAUUUGCUGAGACCGGUCGCUGUUGCUAUGACGGAUAAGUCGGUAGAUGUUCGUAAAGCAGCAGAAGCAUGCUUCGGAGAAAUUGUGAGAGUGUGCGGACCAGAAGUGGUCAUGAAGAAUGUGCGAGAUAUCCAAGGACCUGCUUUGGCAAUUGUUCUUGAACGGUUGAAGUCACAUGGUGCAUUUCCAGAAGUAUAUGACACCUCAAAACCCGUCACAACUGGGCAAACAGCAAAAACAAGCUCAAAGAUCGGAAAGUCUAAUGGUUAUGGAUCGAAGCAUGGAAGCAGACCUGUAUCUUCGAGAGCGGUUUCAACCAAGGGCUCAAAACCAGAAUCUAUAAUGUCUGUUCAAGAUAUUAAUAUCCAAUCACAAGCUUUGCUAAAUCUCAAGGACUCUAAUAAGGAUGAAAGAGAGAGAAUUGUGGUUCGUAGGUUUAAAUUCGAAGAGCUGCGUUUGGAGCAGAUUCAAGAUCUGGAGAAUGAUCUGAUGAAGUACUUCAGGGAGGAUUUGCACAGGCGGCUUUUGAGCACAGACUUCAAAAAGCAAGUUGAUGGGAUUGAGAUGCUUCAGAAGGCACUUCCAUCUAUAGCCAAGGAAAUAAUUGAAGUUCUAGAUAUACUGUUAAAGUGGUUUGUUUUGCGAUUUUGUGAAUCCAACACAUCUUGCCUACUUAAGGUGUUGGAGUUCCUCCCAGAGCUCUUUGACACAUUAACGAAUGAGAACUAUACUCUGAACGAAUCUGAAGCUUCCAUCUUUCUUCCUUGUUUGGUUGAGAAGACUGGUCAUAACAUUGAGAAGCUGCGAGAGAAACUGCGGGAACUAAUGAAGCAGAUCAUACAUAGUUAUUCGGCUGCGAAAACUUUCCCUUAUAUUUUGGAAGGUCUGCGUUCUAGAAAUAACAGGACGAGAAUUGAGUGUGUCGAUCUUGUUGAGUUUUUGCUUGAUAAUCAUGGCUCAGAGAUAAGCGGACAGCUAAAAUCCUUGCAAAUUGUUGCAAGCUUAACUGCAGAACGAGAUGGUGAACUUAGAAAGGCAGCUUUAAAUUGUCUAGCCACUGGUUAUAAGAUUUUUGGUGAUGACAUCUGGAGAUACGUUGGGAAGCUGACUGAAGCACAAAGAAGCAUGCUAGAUGAUAGAUUCAAGUGGAAGACCCGGGAAAUGGAAAAAAGAAAGGAGGGGAAGCCAGGUGAAGCAAGAGCUGCUUUAAGGCGUUCUGUGAGAGAAAAUGGAUCUGAUGUUGCUGAGCAAAGUGGUGAAGUUUCACGAUCCAUGUCUGGACCAGCAUUUAGCAGGGAAAUGUAUGCCCCCCCAGAGCCUCAAAUGGAAAGACUUGCAUUUGCCCGCCCACCUGGAGGUGCAAUUGGCCCCACAGAUUGGAAUGAAGCUCUAGAUAUCAUUACAUAUGGCUCUCCUGAGCAGUCUGUUGAAGGUAUGAAAGUUGUGUGCCAUGAAUUGGCAGCUGCAACAAACGAUCCCGAGGGCAGUUUAAUGGAUGAUCUAGUCAAAGAUGCUGACAAACUUGUUUCUUGUUUAGCAACUAAGGUUGCGAAGACCUUUGACUUCAGCUUGACAGGCGCAUCUUCAAGGUCUUGUAAAUAUGUUCUCAACACACUCAUGCAGACAUUUCAGAACAAACGACUUGCUCAUGCUGUCAAUGAGAGAACACUUGAUAAUCUCAUUACAGAGCUUUUGCUUUGGCUUUUAGAUGAAAGGGUUCCAAGGAUGGAUGAUGGCAGUCAGCUUCUGAAAGCGUUAAAUGUUUUAAUGCUUAAGAUAUUGGAUAAUGCAGAGCGAACAUCGUCAUUUGUGGUACUGAUCAAUCUCCUAAAACCACUCGACCCGUCUAGAUGGCCGUCUCCGCCAUCAAACGAGUCUUUUGCUACAAGAAAUAUGAAGUUUUCAGAUUUGGUUGUGAAAUGCUUGAUCAAACUUACAAAGGUCCUUCAAAGCACCAUAUAUGAGGUUGACCUUGAUCGCAUUCUCCAAAGCAUCCAUGUAUAUCUGCAAGAACUCGGGAUGGAAGAAAUCAGGAGGAGAGCUGGAGCCGAUGACAAGCCUUUGCGCAUGGUCAAAACCGUCUUACAUGAGCUUGUCAAGCUUCGUGGGACCGCAAUAAAAGGUCAUCUUUCUAUGGUUCCGAUAGAUAUGGAACCCCAACCUAUAAUACUUGCCUACAUCGAUCUUAAUCUUCAGACAUUGGCUGCUGCAAGAAUGUUGACGCCAACUGGGCCGGUUGGCCAAACACAUUGGGGUGAUUCGAUGGCCAAUAAUCCAAUGCCUGCUUCACAUUCUGCAGAUGCCCAAUUGAAGCAAGAACUGGCGGCAAUAUUCAAGAAAAUUGGAGACAAACAAACAUGCAGUAUUGGUCUAUAUGAACUCUACCGAAUAACUCAGUUGUAUCCAAAGGUUGACAUAUUUUCUCAACUUCAAAAUGCAAGUGAAGCUUUCCGAACAUACAUUAGAGAUGGUUUAGCUCAGAUGGAAAAGAACGCGGCAGCUGGAAGAACUCCAUCCAGUGUGCCUAUGCCAACACCUCCACCAUCUGCAUUGAACCUUUCAUCCCCGAAAUUUGCACCUCUUUCACCUGUACAUACAAAUUCUUUAAAUGACGAAAAAUCCGUUAAUACUAAAGCGGAGCCCACAAAUUUCAGUUUACCACCGUCAUAUGCUGAAGAUGACAGGACGGAGAAUGUUAUGGCUUCAAGAGGUCCAAUGGCUGUUCAAUCAGAUUAUAGGCAGCAAGUAGGAGACCAGAGGAAUGACAGAUUCCCAUCAGGAGUUAGUAGUGGGACUCUAGAUGCAAUAAGAGAGAGGAUGAAGAGCAUCCAGUUGGCUUCUGGUGAACCUGGAAACCGAGCAAUGAUGAAUGGUAGCGAGCAUCACGAGUCUACAGAGCAAGAAAGUAAUCCGAAUCCAGUGGUUCACAGUGGGGUCCUUCCCAUGGACGAAAAGGCACUCUCGGGGCUUCAAGCACGAAUGGAGAGGCUCAAAAGUGGAUCAAUCGACCCUCUUUAGAAACCAACAAAACACAAAAACGGAUUGAUGGUCUGAUUGAUAAAUAAGCUUUACUUUACGGUUGUCAUGGUACAACCAAGUGCGGUACGCAAUACAUGGUCUGCUCAACUGCUGUUGGUAUUGGUGUUGGAAAUCACACUAGAAAGAAAGGAAGGCAAAUAGGUGGGGGGUUGUAUCGUUAAUUUUUGAUGCUGGAGGUGUGUAAAUGGAAGCAUAGAUAUGGUGUGUGCUCAUCAUAUAUGGUUUGUAGGAAUUGCGAAACAACAUUGUGUCUUUCUUGGAUUCAUCGUUUUUAGGGUAUCGGAAUCGAGUAUGUUUGCAUUUUUAUUGCUGAAACCUUGUGUAUGGAAAGUUGAAUUUUACUUGGAUAGCUUGCCUGCUACUGCUAGU